UAAAGCACUGCAGCGUGCAAAAGAACCUUCAUCCCCAGAGCUCUGCCGGGUUUAUCCAUUCAGUUUUUCUUUGUUGACCUAAUCUUCAAUACCCAUAUUAUACUUUAAAAGAAAAAAGCCCCAAUUCCUCUGACAUGCUGAUGGAUUUCUUACAAUUUCUGCUGCUUCUUCUAUCUCUAAUUCCUGCAGCAUAUCUAUGCCUGCACAAGCUUGCUAUGAGAAAGAAGUCCCACAAUGUAACAACCGAGUCUGGGACUCGACAGCCACUGCUUCCACCAGGCACUCUGGGUUGGCCCCUAAUUGGUGAGACUUAUGAUUAUUACUCGAAACGUCGAGAAAAUCUAACAUAUAAGUUUUUAACAGAAAGGUGGAAUAAGUAUUCGUCCAGCAUUUUCAGGACUUCACUGAUCGGAAAGACCAUGGUGAUAUUUUGCAAUGUUGAGGGGAACAAGUUUCUGUUCUCAAAUGAGAAAAAGUUGGUCCAAGCAUGGUGGCCGACUACACUGGACACAAUUUUCCCCAAGACCGAUAAGAAGCCUAGCGCAGAGCAAUCACACACUCUACGUAAUCUUCUUCGCUGGAUUCUAAAGAUAGAUGGACUUCGAGAAUAUAUUUCAAUCAUAGAUGAGGUAACCAGACAGCAUUUGCAAACAGACUGGAAUUGCAAACAAGUGAGCGUUUGUGAUGUGACAAAGAGGUACUUGUUCACCUUGUCCAGUAAUAUAUUCUUGGGCAUCAAUGAUCCAGGAAAAAUUGAGAGAUUGGCGAAAAACAUGAAGUACAUAGAAGAAGGUUUUUUUUCAAUGCCAAUAAAUUUGCCAGGAACGGCUUUGAAUCGAGCCAUCAAAGCGGCCAAGCUUAUUAGUAAAGAACUUAUGGCAACAAUUAGACAAAGAAGGAUUGAUCUUCAAGGGCAUGAUUUGUCUUCAAGGAAGGAUUUCAUGUCAACCAUGCUUCUGGCAAAAGAUGAAAAUGGUCAGGCAUUUUGUGACGAAGACGUUGCUAGCCAUUUGGCUGGCUUGUUAGUGGCAAGUUUCUCAACCAUGCAUUGCACAAUUACUAGCAUCAUGAAGUAUCUUGCAGAGCUUCCGGAUGUGUACGAUUCUGUCUUUGGAGAACAAAAUGAAAUUUUAGAUGUAAAGCCAAAAGGAGACCACCUUACUUGGGAGGAUAUACAGAAGAUGAAGUACUCUUGGAGCGUUGCUAGUGAAGUCUUGAGGAUAUCGACACCAGGGUUUGGAGGGUUUAGAGAGGCUAUCACUGAUUUCACCUAUGAAGGGUUCACAGUACCAAAAGGCUCCAAGGAGCAAAUUUUACACACUGAGAAAGACCAAUUCAAAGUACAGCAAUCGACUGAAAAGAUUUUCUGGACUUUUGAUGCCACACACAAGAAUCCAAAAUACUUUCCUAAUCCUGAGAAGUUUGAGCCAUCAAGGUUUCAAGGAAACGGUCCAGCACCUUAUGCAUUUGUGCCAUUCGGGGGAGGACCACGCAUGUGUCCUGGAAAUGAGUAUGCUCGGGUGGUGAUACUUGUUUUCAUGCACAAUGUGGUGACAAAGUUUAGAUGGGAGAAAUUGAUUCCGGGCGAGAAUAUGAUAUAUUAUCCUGCUCCCAGGCCAGCUCGAGGGCUUCCAGUCAUUCUACAUCCUAACAAGCCUUGAAUUCUCCUAUUCAUUUUUGGUUCUUUGUCAAUACUUAAUGGAGCUACACUGCAAUCUUCCUGUCCUGUAAGUCAAAUAAUGCAGGAAGUGUUUGGUUUAUAUUCCGAAAUCAAAAUCAGAAUCAUAUAUAAAUCAUUGCUAUAUAAAAAGUAUCAUGAGUUUUGCUACUUUGGAGUGUAAGUAUAAGUAUCAUUGUGAUCUUAAUUUUUGUUAUUCCAAUUAUGCCCUUAUUAAUUAAUGACUGAAGUUUCAUAUUAUGCUC